AUGUAUGUUGAUGAUUGUCUCUCGUCAUUAUCAACUGACGUUGAGGCAAUAUCGAUAUCGUUGAUAAAGAACGUAACUUCUUUGUGUGAAAAGGGUGGAUUUCAUAUGACAAAAUGGAUCAGUAACAGCCCACUCGUAAUUAAAUCGAUACCAGAGGAGGAGCAUGCCAAAGAGGUCAAGCAGUGGAGUCUUGAGGAUGACCUCUCAGUUGAACGUGCAUUAGGUGUGCAAUGGUCUAUAGAGACUGACACUCUUGGAUUCAGAAUUAAGUGCAAAGAAAAGAUACUAGUUCAGUAUACGAUUCUUUAG